AGUCUCUUGCUAGGGAUCGGGAAAAACAAACAAACAAACAAACAACAUCCUCAAGCCUCCGCUCCCCGAUCGCCCAGCCCCACCCCCACCUUCCACCCCCACCUCCCACCUCCGAGCCCUCCGCCGACUUCCCAGGCUCGGAAAAGUGCGGCACAGGACAGCGCUGCCGGGGCGGGCGGGGGCCCUGCGGCGGCUGCUGGCAAUGCUGCGGCGGCCGCGCGGCUGACGGCGACGCGGGAGCUCCGGAAGCCGCUCCGCGCAGAUAGUUCUGCCCCAGAGACGACAAGUAUGAAUACCGCAGACAACAGUGUCAACUGUCUAUGUGCUAUAUGUGGGGACAGAGCAACUGGAAAGCACUAUGGAGCAUCCAGCUGUGACGGCUGCAAGGGCUUCUUCAGACGCAGCAUACGCAAGAGCCACGUUUACUCCUGCAGGUUCAGUCGGCAAUGUGUUGUUGACAAAGACAAAAGAAAUCAAUGUAGAUAUUGUCGAUUAAGAAAGUGUUUCAGAGCAGGAAUGAAAAAAGAAGCUGUGCAAAACGAACGCGAUCGAAUAAGUACCAGAAGAAGCACAUAUGAUGGCAGCAGCAUUCCUUCCAUUAACACACUGGCACAAGCAGAAGUUCGGUCUCGCCAGAUCUCAAUCUCAAGCCCUGGUGUGAGCACUGACAUAAAUGUUAAGAAAAUUGCAAGUAUUGGUGAUGUCUGUGAAUCUAUGAAACAGCAGCUCUUAGUCUUGGUGGAAUGGGCUAAAUAUAUUCCUGCCUUCUGCGAGUUACCACUGGACGAUCAGGUGGCACUGUUGAGAGCACACGCAGGGGAACAUUUACUCCUUGGAGCUACAAAGAGAUCCAUGAUGUAUAAAGAUAUUUUGCUUUUGGGAAACAACUACGUUAUUCACCGCAACGGCUGUGAAGCCGAGAUCAGCCGCGUGGCCAAUCGGGUUCUAGACGAGCUGGUCCGACCAUUUCAAGAAAUUCAGAUUGAUGACAAUGAAUAUGCUUGUUUGAAGGCAAUUGUGUUUUUUGAUCCAGACGCAAAAGGGCUAAGCGAUCCGGUCAAGAUUAAGAACAUGCGGUUCCAAGUACAGCUCAGUCUGGAGGACUAUAUCAACGACCGGCAGUACGACUCCCGGGGGCGGUUUGGAGAGCUGCUUCUGCUCCUGCCCACGCUGCAGAGCAUCACCUGGCAGAUGAUUGAGCAAAUACAAUUCGUGAAACUUUUUGGGAUGGUUAAAAUUGACAACCUACUUCAGGAAAUGUUACUGGGUGGUGCUUCCAAUGAAGCUAGCCAUCUCCAUCACCCAAUGCAUCCACAUUUGUCUCAAGAUCCAUUAACUGGACAAACUAUCCUUUUAGGUCCCAUGUCAACACUGGUUCACACAGACCAGAUCUCAACUCCUGAAACCCCACUCCCUUCCCCACCACAAGGCUCUGGACAAGAACCGUACAAAAUAGCUGCAAACCAAGCUUCAGUCAUUUCACACCAGCCUCUCUCCAAACAAAAGCAAUUGUAAGAAUACGUUUACUUCCGAACGGCACUGCGUACAUGUGAAAUGUUGUUGAUCUUGAAAUAUCUCAGGAUAGUACUUUUGGCAGACUCCUAGCCAAGGCCUCUUCAUGGUGCUGUUUUAAGAUGGUAUCCUAUUUUCUUGUUUAUAUGCUCAUUUUGUUUGUUGUUGCCAGGGUUAAAACCUUUAGAUGCAACCAAUGUAUACCUGAAUUUCGAUAUGUUUAUAUAGUAUAUUUUUUCCCCGCUUCCCUUGCACUAUUCCUGAAGCCGCUGAAUCUUAUGUACUACUUUCACUUGUUGUCUUAAUGUUAAUUUAAAUCUGUAAAUAAUUGCUUUAUCAUGAUGUGAUGCAGAACUGUGUCCUUUUUGUCUGAGAAUAGAUCAGAAAUCCCAGAUUAGUAUAAAAUGAACCAAGCUUUUUAUAAAUUUUAAACUCGCAAAUUAGAAAAAUAAGGCAAUAGCUGUGGAAUAGGCUGUAUUUCUUGAAGUAGAAUUACUCAUGGAUAUCUUUUUCCAAAAAGCAUCUCUUUGGUGCACAGUAACAUAUGCCCAUCUUAAGUUUAGAAAAUUAUAAAUAGCCAUUCCAAGGAUGACUGACAAUUCCUUGAAAUCUGCCUGUAUCUGAAGAUGUAUGUUAAGAUAAAAUAUGUUAGUUUUACCAGUUAGGAUACAGGCUAAACUCUAAAAAAGAAACCUUUAAACAGUAGCUUAACCAAGAGAGAAUUUAUUUCUCUCUCCUGAAACAAUCUAGAAGUAGUCAUCCUUUGACUAGAACUUGGCACAUGCCCACGUCUAGUUCCCAGGGAGGCUGGGAGAGUAGUCUUUAGGUGGAAAGCUUUGUUCCAACGAAAACCGUAUACCUCUGGGAGACUAAUGUUGGGAGACAAAUUAGCCGUCUGUCACACACAUGUUGCUCAUUUAAUCCUCACAACAACCCUGGAAGAAAGGUAUUAAUAUCUUUCUUUUAUAAAUAAAGAAAGCUUUAGCUUAGAGGGUCUACGUAAUGUAACCAAAGUUUUAAAGAGUGGGAGAGCCACAUUUAUGUCCAGGUCUGGUUGAGUUUAAUGAGAAUAAAUCUUUGGUAUGGAAUGGAAAAUGUGAGCUUCUUACUGUGGUUUUUAAAUAUAUGUAAUGGAGUGAUAAUUGAAUAUUAUCCAUCCUAUUACCUAUAACAUAUUUAUAUGUAAGCAAAGAGUGUAAAUUUGCUGGAGCAUGAAUAAGAAACCACUUUUGUACUUUUAAUGUCUUCCCCUAAAAAACUCUUUAAACAAACCAAAGGAAAUAAAAGAUAUACCAGAUAGGUUAUGAUGAAAACAAAAACAAAUUUAAAUCACUGACUUGGCAGAUUUUCAAAAAUCCAGUGGACUGAGGAGGAUAGUUCAUUGGACCCCUAGACUAUUUGAUGUCAUCUAAAGCUGGAGCUUAUUUUAAAACAAUUAAUGAUGGGCCACCUCGAGAAACAGUCAUAUAUCUCUGUCUUUCUGUCUCUCUGUCUCUCUUGCUCUCUCUUUCUCUCUCUCACACACACAUUCUUUAUUUGCUGAAGCAGGAAAAAACUGGAUGAGUAAUUAUUAACAAUAUAAAAAAGAGUGUCCCAAGCUGUAAGAGACUGAAUUAAAAUGAUUUUUACAGAACCUUUCAAAAUUUCUAAGACUGUGAUUUCGUUACCCCCACUUACCCUACAAAUAAAAUGGUUCUGGGUCUGGGCCCCUUGGCCAAGUGGUUAAAGUUUCACCCACUCCACUUUGGUGGCCCAGGUUUUCGGGUUCAGAUCCUGGGUGUGGACAUACUCUACUUACUAGUCAUGCUGUGGAGG